AUGCUCUGUACAGAAGGCAACAUCUUCAUGAUCAUAAUAACUGGAAAAUUCAUAAUAGGAAUUUUGGGGAAUGUAUACACUGGACUGGUAAACUGGAUUGACUGGAUUAAGAAGAAAAAGAUCUCCUCAACUGACUAUAUCCUCCCCAGUCUAGCCAUCUCCAGAAUGUGUUUGCUCUGUAUAAUGAUAGUAAAUAUCAUCAUAAUGAUACUCUACCCAGAUUUUUAUGAAAAUGCUAAACUACAAGCCAUCAUGCAUAUCAUCUAGACACUUGCCAACGACUUAAGUAUAUGGUUUGCCACCUGCCUCAAUGUUUUCUAUUUCCUCAAGGUAGCCAACUUCUCCCACCCACUUUUUUCUCUGGCUGAAGAGAGAAUUGACAGAGUGAUUCACUGGAUUCUGCUGGGCUGUUUGGCCAUCUCCUCCUUGGUCAGCCUUCUACUGGCAAUGACACCAAAUUAUGAUUAGAAGUUUCAUAAAAUUGCAGAACAUAAAAGUAACUGCACUGGAAUGUUCCAUGUGAGUAAGAGUCAAUUCUUCAACCCGCUGACCCCCUUUAACUUGUUGGCAAUUGUCCCAUGGACUGUGUCAUUGAUUUCACUUUUUCUUUUAAUUAUGUCCCUACAGAGACAUGUCAAGCAAAUGAAACCCAGUGUUACAGGCUGUGGAGGUCCCAGCACAGAGGCCCAGGCGGGAGCCAUGAAAACUAUGACUUCAUUUCUCUUCCUCCUUUUUGUGUGUUAUGAGGUUUCCCUUUUGGCGACUUUUAGCCACCUUAUGAAAGAAAGCAAAUUAGCUGUGAUGUUUGGAGAAGCUAUACCAAUUCUCUAUCCUUCUGGUCAUUCACUCAUUUUAAUUAUUGGGAAUAACAAGCUGAGGCAGGCAUCUAUCAGGAUGCCAAGAUAUGGCAAAACAGCCUGCAUGAUGUAA